AGUCAAAUGAAAACAUUUGUGGCUCUUUUGCUUCAUUACUUUUUCUGUGUUCUGUCUUCAUGUGAACACAUUUGCAUAAUCUGUGGUUUCUUCUACUUUCUGUUCUAACACACACACAAUUAUUAAAAACAAUCCCACAGAUCCUGCUCGUGCGUACACCACUUGGCUUUUCAGUUUUCACCCGUGACCCGACCAUGAUUUGGCAGAUGUUUUGUAUUAUGUCAUCAAUCUACCAGAAAGCCAUAAUCAUUAUUGAUCAAAAGAGCAGCCAAGUGCAUUUUUGUCUUCUUACCACAGUCACCCUAGUAUGAAAGAGUUUUUAAGGAGAUCUUCAAGCCUUUCUUGAUGACUAACUCAAACCAGAAAAGAAAAGCAAUCUUCCCACAUCUUCUCCAUAUUAUUCCUCUAGGGUUUAUUAUAGUGAUCAGGCCCUUCCCCACAAAGGGAAAUGGAAGGAGAGAAGGAGACAGUUAGGUGUUGCAGUGAUUGCAAGACGACCAAGACACCAAUGUGGAGAGGUGGACCAUCUGGUCCCAAGUCUCUUUGCAAUGCAUGUGGGAUAAGAUUCAUGAGACAGAGACGAACCGAGUUAUUGGGUAUUCGUGUUAUUCAUACCCACAAAGCCUACAAGAAGAUAAACACGUCGUUAUUAUCAUCACAUGGUAGCGUGGCUUUGAAGAAACGAAGGCGGAGUCUAAAGGAGGAAGAACAAGCUGCUAUGUGUCUACUAUUAUUGUCUUGUAGCUCUGUUUUCGCCUGAGAGGAAAAAAACAGAGAGUAUUCCACUGAAAAGACAGUUUUGUCCUUUAUAUUUUGUGUUAAAAUUCAAAGUCUGAUUACAAAUGGGUCUUGGUGGUUGGUUACUCCACAACGAUGUGUCUCAACCUCGCAAGUCUCAACAGUUUAAACUAAAAGGCUCAUUUAUCAGCUCUACGGGGAUAAACUACAA